AUGCACCACAAUACUCCAUUAAUAUUACCAGGUGGGAUUGCAGGAAGACGCACAAAAUUACUUAUCGAUUCAGGAGCGUCACUCACAUUAAUUAACUUGCAAUUUUUUCUUCAAUUAGCACGAUAUUAUCGACAAAGAGCUCGUCCUCCUCCUCCUAAUUUAUGCCUUCAAUUGGCGGAUAGAUCACAACUCUAUGUUAAAUACGUUUUAUCUCUCCCGAUAACCAUCUCAAAUUCAACUCGUCUACAUGAAGUGUACGUGGUGCCGAAAUUAUGGCGUACGUGUAUUAUUGGUAAUGAUCUAAUUCGGGAACACAAUCUUCAAAUAGAUGGCGGACAACAGCACGCAUACUUUAAAUCGAAGAAAGAAAGUGCACAGCUGCAACAGGAAAGGAAAGAAACAAUUAAUAAUGAUGAUAAAUAUGUUUUAAGGGCAAAUGAACGUAUUAAAAUUUCACCUUUCCAUGCAUUCAACAUCGAAGUUAAACCAAAUAAAUCAUUUUCAAACAUGGAAGAAGAUGAAAGAAAUGAUUACGAAGUAGCGACGAUGAAAGAAACUCCAUGUGUAGCCAACGGCAUUAUCAGACCAAAGGAACAUAUGACACUCCAGGUGGCUAAUUUAACAGAAAGAACGAUUAUCAUCUAUAAAAAUCAACCACUCGCGACAAUGACUCGUCUUAAUCAAGCACAAAUCAACAUGGUGCAACACGAAAAAAUGCGUUCAACAACAAAACAAGCGGCACCAACAGCUGGAAGUGAGUUAAAUCUGACUAAUACUGAUUUAGAUGAAGAUCAAAGAGAAAAAAUAAAGCAACUUAUUCUAAAGUUUCCUGAUGUAUUCAACGAGCAGCCAGGAAGAACAAAAAAAGUACAACACCAAAUUAAUUUAGUUCCAGAUGCUAAACCAUUUAAUUCACCACCAUUUCGCUAUGCUCCAGCAAGAAAAGAAAUAAUUGAACAGAACAUAAAAGACAUGUUAGAACAAGGAAUUAUUUCACCAUCAACCAGCCCAUGGGCAUCACCAGUGAUAUUAGUACCGAAAAAAGAUGGAACACUCCGUUUCUGCGUCGAUUAUCGAAAACUAAACGCAGUAACAAUUCGUGAUGCUUACCCACUACCAAGAAUCGAUGAUACAUUAGACUCACUGCAACAAGCAAAAUUUGUAUCAACAUUGGAUCUACGCUCCGGUUACUGGCAAGUCGAGAUGGACAAAGAUUCAAGAAGAAAAACCGCUUUCGUAACACAUAAAGGUCUAUUUGAAUUUAAUGUCAUGCCAUUCGGAUUAACAAAUGCACCAGCUACGUUCCAAAGAUUAAUGGACAUGGUGUUAGCCGGUCUCAAGUGGCAAUGCUGCCUGGUAUACAUCGAUGAUGUAGUAAUUUUCUCACCAACAUUCGAACAACACUUAAUAGAUCUGGAAAAAGUAUUUGAAGCGCUUAAAUCCGCAAAUUUAACAUUGAAAACAUCAAAAUGUCAAUUCUGCCGACGAGAAAUGCGUUAUUUGGGACACAUUAUCACUCAAGAGGGUAUUAAACCGGAUUCAAAUUUAAUCAAGUCAGUAUCAAAUUUUCCUCAACCGAAGAAGAUCAAAGACGUUCAAUCAUUCCUUGGUUUAACCGGUUAUUAUCGUCGCUUCAUCAAAGAUUACUCAAAAAUAGCGGAACCAUUAACACAACAGCUUCGAAACAAUCAAAAAGGUAACCAUCAGUUGAAAUGGUCGAAAGAAUGUACUAACGCCUUUGAAGCAUUAAAAGAAAAAUUAACAACGGCGCCAAUUAUGAACACACCAAACUUCAAUCAACCAUUUAUAUUGGAACUCGACGCGUGUGAAUAUGGCUUAGGGGCUGUAUUAACACAAGAAUACGAUGGGAAAAAAUACGUGAUUGCGUACGCCAGUCGAACAUUGUCAACAGCCGAAAGAAAUUAUGGAGCAACAGAGCAUGAAGCAUUAGCCAUUGUAUGGGCAACAAAAUAUUUCCGGCCAUACCUCGAAGGUAAUAAAAUUUAUAUCAGAUCAGAUUGUAAAGCAUUAGAAUGGAUGCGAUCGUCAAAAGAUGUAACAGGUCGAUUAGCCCGCUGGGCAAUGAAAUUAUCUGCUUAUCAAAUUGAAGAAAUCAAAUAUCGCCCAGGGAAAUUAAACGGUAACGCUGAUUCAUUAUCACGUAAUCCAUUACCAAGAGAGGACAUUAAUCAACAUGAAGUGUCAUCAAUAGAAACAGCUGUCAACUUAUGGCAAAAUACAAACAUUCUGAGCGAUAUAAAAAAAGAACAAGAAAACGAUUUGAAAUUAAAACCAAUAAUCGAAUUUUUAAAAACGGAACCAACAGAUUUCAAUGGUAAACGAAACCCAUAUAUUCUCAUCAAUGGAUUACUGUAUAAAAUUAAAAACUCCAACAAACAUUAUAAUCAACGCGUCGUCGGUGAAAAACACCUGGUAGUCAUCCCAAGAACAAUGCAAGAUAAGUUAUUGAAAUGGGCACAUGAUCAUCCAACAGCUGGACACGGCGGUCAACAAAAAACAUUAUUUAGAUUAACAUCAAGAGUAUACUGGGAAUCAAUGAGAAAGGAUAUAUUUAAGUACGUAGCCGCUUGCCGACAAUGUCAACAAUUUAAAUACAAUAAUGCUCCAACAGCAAGCCCAAUGCAAAUGCACUUAGUGAAUGAACCAUGGCACACGAUCGGCAUAGACAUUAUGGGUCCUUUACCGACAACGGCCAGACAAAAACGAUUUCUUCUCGUCGUGGUAGACUACUUCACCAGAUGGAUCGAACUAUUUCCGCUGAAGUCAACUACAUCUACCGAUAUGGCCAAUAUUCUCAUGAACGAAGUAUUUUCAAGAUAUGGAUUGCCACAACACAUUGUAUCUGAUAAUGGCCCUCAAUUCGUCUCAAAUUUAUUUAAAAAUUUUUGUGAUACAUUAGGUAUUAAACAAAAUUUAACUGCAAAUUAUCACCCACAAAGCAACAUGACAGAACGUGUCAAUAGAACAUUAAAGCCGUUAAUUGCCAUAUAUGCUCAACAACAAUACAAUUCAUGGGACGAUGAAAUUCAAACAUUAGCAUUUGCAAUACGUACCGCGGUGAACGAAACAACAGGUGAAACUCCAGCUUUUAUGAUGUUCGGUCGAGACCUCAGAGGUCCACUUGAUCUAUUAGUAGGUGAAACAACAGAAGGACCUAGAUCAACAACAAUUGAUCACGGAUUAAUUCAAGAAUACAAGAGAAAGUUGAUCAACAAUUUACGAUGUGCAUAUAAUGUUAUUCAAGAACAUGCAGAAAUUGAAAAGAUAAAACAAAAAGAAAAAUAUGAUCAACAUACAACACAAAGAGAAUACACUGAAGGUGAUCUCGUAUGGGUAGCCACUCCAACAGCACAAAUUGGAGAAAAUUCAAUGGGUGGAAAAUUACACCCACAUUAUCAAGGUCCAUGCCGUCUAAUCCAGCAAUUAUCAUCAAAUACAUUCACGGUACGACGGCUAAAGGAUAACGUUGAACUUGGGGCAACGAAUACAGAUCGCCUCAAACCAUACAUUGUAAUAGAGAGAAACAAUCAAGAAACAACAACAAACGACAAAACAAUCAAUCCAAGAGAAACGACAACGUCAAUCAAUAAUGACGAGCCAUCAAUAGAUGAUCUAGAUCAAGGAAAGGAGAGUCAAAAUCCACAAUCAACCUAUCAUCAACCAAUUCAACGCCGAGUGUCAAAUCGUCACCGCAGGGUGCCGACACGAUACAUGGCGAAUUAA